AUGGCGGCUGUCGGUGGCCCUGCCAGGCAAUCACGGGGGGUCUCCAUGAGUGUCUCGAUGUCGCUAGUGCAAGGAGGAGCUGCCGGUGCGCCGCAGGGCGCCAUUCUGGCCGCGGCCGCACCCUACUUCCAGCCACCGGCCGUCCCCCAGGAUGUUCAGCCGGAUCGACCGAUCGGUUACGGAGCGUUCGGUGUCGUAUGGGCUGUCACCGAUCCGCGUGAUGGACGCAGGGUCGCACUCAAGAAGCUGCCCAACGUUUUCCAGUCGCUCGUGUCCUCGAAGCGCGUUUUCCGGGAGCUGAAGAUGCUGUGCUUCUUCAAGCACGAAAAUGUACUCUCUGCAUUGGACAUCCUGCAACCACCACAUUUGGAUUUCUUCCAGGAAAUCUACGUGAUUACGGAACUGCUCCAGUCGGAUCUGCACAAAAUCAUCGUUUCACCCCAGCACCUUUCCGCUGACCACAUCAAAGUGUUCCUGUACCAAAUCCUGCGCGGCCUGAAGUAUCUCCAUUCGGCUCGCAUCCUCCACCGGGACAUCAAACCCGGCAACCUGCUGGUGAACAGUAACUGCGUACUGAAGAUUUGUGAUUUUGGGCUGGCUCGCGUGGAAGAACCGGAUCAAUCGAAGCACAUGACCCAGGAAGUCGUCACCCAGUACUACCGUGCGCCGGAGAUUUUAAUGGGCGCCCGUCAUUAUUCGGCCGCCGUUGACGUCUGGUCCGUGGGUUGCAUUUUCGGCGAACUGCUCGGUCGGCGUAUUCUCUUCCAGGCCCAAAGUCCUGUACAGCAGCUUGAACUGAUCACCGAACUGCUCGGUACGCCAUCGCUGGAGGAUAUGCGGCAUGCCUGCGAGGGCGCCAGAAGCCACAUGCUGCGGAGGGCACCGAAGCCCCGGUCACUGACCGCACUCUACACGUUGAGUACCCAUGCCACACAUGAAGCCGUACAUCUGCUCUGCCAAAUGCUCGUCUUCGAUCCGGACAAAAGAAUAUCCGUAAUCGAUGCGCUAGCCCAUCCCUACGUCGACGAGGGUCGACUUCGUUACCAUUCCUGCAUGUGUAAGUGCUGUUACACCACAUCCGCUGGCAUGCGUCAAUAUACUGGAGAAUUUGAGCCAUCAGCAACACAACCAUUCGAUGACCUAUGGGAACGCAAGCUAACCUCAGUGCAGCAAGUGAAAGAGGAAAUGCACAAAUUCAUUGCCGAGCAGCUACAAACGGGCCGCGUGCCACUCUGUAUAAAUCCCCAAAGCGCUGCAUUCAAAUCCUUCGCUAGCUCAACCGUAGCCCAUCCAUCAGAACUGCCACCAUCGCCGCACCAAUGGGAAUGACAUAAUGAAGCAAUGGCCGCAUAAAAUGGAA